CAUUUUAUCUGUCUCAUCUCUCAUCGUUUCCGGGACAAAGAGAGAAAAUCUCACUUCACAGUCUUUAAAGCUUUAAGUUCUACAACUCUCGCGACUCCAAAAUUUAGUGUGGAUGUGUUGGAUAGAGUAAAGACCAAACCUUUAAAAUGGCUCAUCUACUUUCAGCUUCAUGCCCUUCAGUUAUCUCACUUAGCAGCAGCAGCAGCAAGAAUUCGAUUCAGCCCUUUGGUUUAAAGCAAACCUUCUUCAACCCUCAAGUUCUUUCAAAGUCUUCUCUCAAAGGACUUCUCUUCCAAGUCAAGAAACCGAGAAGAAGCUGCGUUUUCCGUGUAGCUGCUAUUCCUAUAAGCCAACAAGCACCACCCGAAACGUCUACCAAUAACUCAUCGUCCAAACCAAAACGUGUUAUGGUCAUUGGUGGAGAUGGUUACUGUGGUUGGGCCACUGCUCUCCACUUGUCCAAGAAGAACUACGAAGUUGCCAUUGUUGACAACCUCGUAAGGCGUCUUUUCGACCACCAGCUUGGUCUUGAGUCACUGACUCCUAUAGCCUCGAUUCAUGAUCGAAUCAGCCGAUGGAAGGCUUUGACAGGGAAAUCCAUCGAGCUAUACGUCGGUGACAUCUGUGAUUUCGAGUUCUUAGCCGAGUCUUUCAAGUCCUUUGAGCCAGAUUCAGUUGUCCACUUUGGUGAACAGAGAUCCGCGCCUUACUCCAUGAUUGACCGUUCGAGAGCCGUGUAUACACAGCACAACAAUGUGAUCGGGACUAUAAAUGUCCUCUUUGCUAUCAAAGAGUUUCAAGAAGAUUGUCAUCUGGUUAAACUUGGGACGAUGGGUGAGUAUGGAACUCCAAAUAUCGACAUCGAGGAAGGUUAUAUAACGAUAACACAUAAUGGCAGGACCGACACUUUGCCAUACCCCAAACAAGCUAGCUCCUUUUACCAUCUUAGCAAAGUUCACGACUCGCACAACAUUGCUUUCACUUGCAAGGCUUGGGGUAUCAGAGCCACUGAUCUCAACCAAGGAGUGGUUUAUGGAGUGAAGACUGAUGAGACAGAGAUGCAUGAGGAGCUACGUAACCGAUUGGAUUACGAUGCUGUGUUUGGUACAGCUCUUAACCGGUUCUGUGUGCAAGCUGCUGUUGGUCACCCACUUACAGUUUAUGGUAAAGGUGGUCAGACUAGAGGCUACCUCGAUAUAAGAGAUACAGUCCAAUGUGUUGAGCUCGCAAUAGCAAACCCGGCAAAGGCUGGUGAGUUCCGGGUAUUCAACCAAUUCACAGAACAAUUUUCAGUCAACGAACUGGCCUCGCUCGUCACUAAAGCGGGUUCAAAGCUCGGGCUGGACGUGACAAAGAUGACGGUGCCUAAUCCGAGAGUUGAGGCAGAAGAACAUUACUACAACGCAAAGCACACAAAGCUGAUGGAACUGGGACUUGAGCCUCACUAUCUCUCUGAUUCACUUCUUGAUUCGUUGCUCAACUUUGCUGUUCAGUUUAGAGAUCGUGUGGACACAAAACAAAUCAUGCCUAGUGUUUCUUGGAAGAAGAUUGGCGUCAAGACUAAGUCCAUGACUGCCUAAGAGUGCAGAUGAUUUUUCUACCAAAGAAAAAAAAGUGCAGAUGAUUAUUAUUACAGCUAAGGGAGAUUAUUAGAAUAUAUGCGAGAGCUGUGUUGUUUGUGAAUUGUUAUCCUUCAGAAUUCACUUGUGCUUAAGAUUGCUAGCUUAAGGUGUUUACAUACUCAUUGUGCAGGCAGGGUUCGUCAGUUUUUAGAUCGUAAUAUCGAUGUUUUAGUGUUUGAAAAACAUACAUAAGA